CUCUACUCUAUCAUCGUCAUGUGCCCAAAAUCUAUUGGAGUGAUGCGGUUAAGAUGACGUGUUAUCUACUCAACCGACUCCCCAUUCAAAUUCUUCGUCAUCAAUCGCCUUUUGAGGACAACGAAACAAACUCCAACCGAAGAGCAUCCGAUGUAUCUUCUUGGGCUAUCCACCGGACCAAAAAGGAUACACGUGUUAUCACCCCGACUCCAAGAGAAUAUACACUUCAAGGGAUGUCAAGUUCGAAGAAACUCUUGGCUACUUUGAUGCCAAAAACUGGAAGGACCUGGACAAUCUCGUACUGCAAGGAACAUACUUCAACCCUUAUCCCAACCAACUCUUAUCAACGUCUUGGGGGUCAACAAAGUUCGCCUGUUCCGUGUGCUUCACGUCUCGACUUCCACGACGUUCCGUCUCCGUCACCAUCGUCAUCACCGCAAGCUCCGAUUAAUGACCACCCGAUAAAUGGUGAUUCCCCACAGGUUUCUCUUGACCUUGAUAUAUUCCCUCCUGUUUCUUGGUCUUCUAACCCUGCAGGAAUCCCUUCGUCGUCGGACGUGCAUGACCCAACCUCUUUUCUUCCCGAUGGAGAUCUGAACACUCAAAGUCAAAGGAAACAACUAACACUUCCCACGUUAGCUAUGGAUCAGCAACACCAAAGUCAAAGUCAAAGUCAAAGGGACCAUUUGUCCCCUGUGUUUGAAGUUGUUGAUGCCAGCAUAAACCCCAGUGACCAAUCAUCUCCACCUCCAUUACGCCGAGGGUCCCUGAUCGCAAACCAACUGGAAAAUUUUGGCCUAUGCCAAAAGUCAUCUCGCCAAUGUGGUUCAUCCGAUUAACUCCUUUGCUUCUUUAUCCGAUUUUCCAUCUCAUGCACAAUCCUUCUUGAGUCUUAUAACACAGGAAAUUGAGCCCAAAAUUACGAGCAAGCCAAACUGUCCCCGAUGUGAGUUCAAGCCAUGCAAGAGGAGAUUGCAGCUCUCGAACGCAAUAAUACUUGGCAGCUCAUCGCUCUCCCUCCCGACAAGAAAGCCAUCGGCUCGAAAUGGGUUUACAAAAUAAAAUAUCAAAGCAACGGUGAGGUGGAGUAGUACAAAGCACGUUUGGUUGCAAAGGGUUUCACCCAAACUUACGGGGAAGAUUACACUGACACAUUUGCUCCCAUUGCUAAAAUUCCCUCUUUUCGUGUUAUCCUUUCACUUGCGGCUAAUCUUUGUUGGUCAUUAUAGCAGCUUGAUGUCAAGAAUGUUUUUCUUCAAGGUGAUCUUGAAGAGGAGAUCUAUAUGAAACCACCACCGGGGUACACUAACGACGAUCGCGUUUGUCGGCUCAUCAAAGCCAUUUACGGGUUGAAACAAUCUCCCCGUGCGUCGUAUCAAAAAUUACAUGAUGCGUUGCUCACCACCGGGUUCUUCCAUAGCCAUUCCGAUCAUUCUUUGUUCAUUCGUUCAACCAACACGGGUAUCGUUCUUUUAGUAUACAAUAUAAUUCUUACGGGUAGUGAUACGAGUGGUAUUGAGGAUAUAAAACUUUAUUUAAAAACAGUUUUUGAUAUUAAAGAUCUUGGCCCGCUACAAUAUUUUCUUGGGAUAGAAGUAACUCGGGACACAAAUGAUAUUUUUCUUUCACAACGCAAAUAUAUUCUUGACCUUCUUACCGAGACAGGAAAACUUGGAACUAAACUCGUUCGAACACCGCUUGAGGAGCAUUUCAAAGAUCAACGCGAGGGGGAAUGUCUUGAGCAUGCAGAGCAGUAUCGUCGCGUUGUCGGUAAGCUCAUCUACCUCACAAUUACACGACCUCACUUAAGUUUCAUUGUGCAUCAGGUUAGCCAAUGGAUACAUGCACCAACCACAUCUCACUGGCAAAUAGUGGAUCGAAUAUUGAAGUAUUUGAAAGGGACACCGAACAAAGGUCUAUGGAUGAGGAACAACAAUCAUACGGAGAUCAUUGGAUAUUGCGAUGCGGAUUGGGCAGGCGAUAUGAUGGAUCUAAAGUCUACGACCGGAUAUUGCACAUUCAUCGGAGGCAAUCUUGUUACGUGGAAAAGCAAAAAACAAACCAUGGUAGCAAGGUCGAGUGCGGAAGCCGAAUACCGAGCCAGGGCAAACACCACAAGCGAGAUCAUAUGGUUAAAGCAACUCUUGAAGGACUUUGGAAUCGACUCAACGCAACCGGUUCCACUCCAUUGUGAUAACCAAGCAGCUCUACAUGUUGCAGCUAACUCCAUAUUUCAUGAGAGGAUGAAGCACAUUGAAGUCGACUGCCACUUUAUUUAUAGAGAAAAUCACAAACGGGACAAUAUCUCCGAUGUACACACGAAGUCAAGACCAACUUGCCGACAUCUUCACCAAGGCGACAAGCUCGUUUGUUCUUAACAAAAUUCUCUUCAAGAUUGGUCUUACCGAAUAUCGCCGACCAAUCUUGAGGGGGAAUAUUGGAGAAUAUCAAACUGAGUCACCAAAAAGCCGAGAUGAUCCAUCGACAGAGAGACGAAGUCAAGAUGAAGAACAUGUUUUCUUCAGCAACACUCAACUGGACAAAACCGAAAGCAAACAGAAGGUUUGCUGAAAGAUCCCAUCCAUCAGAAAAAUAUUUUCAAGAUUAAUUCUGCGGCAUGAUUGAAUCUCUGUAUAUGGUAAACUACCUUUGAUUGUAUUAUAUUAAUAUUCCCUAAUGUACUUUCCUUUUCUUUUUGUUUGGAAAUGUCUAUAAUAUGUAAAC